AUGGCGACCUCAAACGGCAAGACUGCCUUCUUCACUAUGGAGGACGCUAAGGCGUCUUUCAACCUCUUCUGCUGCGUCUGCGGUAUCGGAUCGCUGGCCAUGCCCUCCAACUACGCCCGUGCCGGUCCGUUUUACGCCUCUAUCGCCUUGGCCUUCAUGAUCUUCGCCAACACGUACGCCACGCUCAAGCUGUCCAAGGUGAUGCUGGUGGCGCCGUCGUCGGUACGCACGUACGGUGACCUGGGCGAGUGGGCUCUGGGCAAGUGGGGCCGCUUCUUCACGGUGGUCUCUCAGAUGGGUGUGUGUCUGCUGGUGCCGUGCGCCUUCCUGGUGCUGGGUAGCACUCUACUCGAAGUGCUCUUCCCGGACUGUUUCAGUCAGACUGUGUGGAUCAUCUUCAUGGCUCUCAUGGUCAUCCCGGUGUGUCUCAUCCCGACACUGAAGGAGAGUGCCGGCAUGGCCUUUGCCGGUUGCAUGGGUACGAUCGUCGCCGACAUCAUCGCCGUUGUGGUGCUGCAGUAUAACAUGCGUGGCCACGGUUCGAUCCCGUCGCCCGACAUCACGGCUCACCAGGUUCUGACCUGCUUCGGUAACCUUGCUCUAGCGUACGGUGCUGCUAUUGUGGUGCCCGACCUGCAGCGCGAACACUCGCAGCCUCAGCGCAUGCCGCGGGUGGUUGUGAUCACCAUCCUCUUCAUCUCGGGCUUCUUCGUGGCGAUUGCUCUUGCUGGCUACACUGCCGGCGGUUGCCAGCUCUCCGGUAACAUUCUGUACUCGAUCGUGAGCACAUGCACAUUUCCAUCGCUUUCUCGACGCUCAUGA